GUUCCACAUAAAUUUGUUAUUCUGCUCCCAAUUUAAAACUAGUUGGUAUUUUCAAACAAAGUUGAUAUUAAUAAUUAUUUAAAGCGAAGAUAUAGAAAUGAAUAAUAGUUACUUUCCAAAUUACUAUUCGGUGGAAGACAUAUUUGUCACUCAAGAGAAAGUAGAAUGCAAAGUUAAUACAAAAUUAACAAAAAUGGGGUUUCUUGACGCCGGUGCAGAAACGGAUGAUUUAAAUCCCGGCAGCACAGUCAGUCUACCACUUUGGUAUAUAAAAGAAUUAAAAAUAAACAAUCCUUAUUUUACUGUUAAUGUGCCGGAUAUAUAUAAAAAUGUUCAUAAAGCCGUCUGUGAAGCAGAUACCACACAUAUAGAAUUAGGAAAACUGCAUCCAUAUUUCUACGAAUAUGGUCGUUAUUUAACACCAUAUGAUCGAAGCCAUAAUGUUGGUAGAAUUGUUUUUGAAACAAUGCGACAAAGAGUUCGUUACUUACUUGAUAUAUCAACAAACACAACAGAAGAUGGCAAGCCAGAACAUCGUUUGGAUGAUAUUGAAAAUAAACUCUAUGAAGCGGGAGUUAAUACGAAUACACAAUUUACUAAAUGGCUACAGAUGAAAUCAAACAAGAUACCAAUAUCCGAAAUGGUUCAUGAAUAUAACAAGAAACGUAAAAGAGAAUUAGUGACUGAGAAUGACAGCAAUGCAGAAAAUCCCAGCAAGCGUAGUACAUUAUAAAUUUUUUUUUAACUAGAUUUAUUAAUAAAAAUGUCGACGGGUUUUUACAUUUAA